CCUUGUGUUCACUUGUGCUGUGAUUUCAGGUUGAGUGUUCCCGAGAGCACGCCUUUCACAGCUGUGUUGAAGUUUGCUGCAGAAGAAUUCAAAGUUCCUGCAGCAACGAGUGCCAUUAUAACAAACGAUGGUAUAGGAAUAAACCCUGCACAGACAGCAGGAAAUGUGUUCCUAAAGCAUGGCUCAGAUCUACGGCUUAUUCCCAGAGAUCGAGUUGGGAGUUCAUAA